CCAAAGUCCAAGAGAGAUUGGCACUCUCCUAGCUCAUCCCUUCAAUCUGCUUCAUGCAUUUCUGCAUCUUCUAUGUAUUUUCUAGGGACUAGGUUCUACUUCUGGGCGCUCAAACACGUACUCAGGAGCUCGCGCAAAUCUCCUGCUGCCUUUUAGAGGGUGCUCAAGGUCUGGUGGAAACGCAACGGCAUUGGACGGUCGCGAUUCACGGGGUCCCAUGAUAUCUGCUUGAUGAUCUCUCCACGUGCUGCUCAGUCGUUUCCCUAGUGGCACCAGCAAUGUCUUUCUUCGGCUUUGGCACGGGCGCUGCUUCUCAGAGCGGAGCGCAGUCUGUUGGCACCAGCCUCUUCGCCCCACAGCAGAAGCAGCAGCAGCAGGCCCUCGCAUUGCAACACCAAGCAGGUGGACAGCUGCAAUUGGUGACCAAGGCGGGGGGGCCCGCCACGUUCAGCACCAAGUGGGAUGACCUCAGCCCCGACACGCAGCGCCUCCUGCAGCAGGUCGAAGCGCGCAUCUUGGAGUACCGGGAUGAGAGCCAGCGACUGGACCAGUGCGCUCGUUUGUACGACGCAAGCGCCCUCAAGCGAAGCUUUGAUGACGAGGCAGCCACUGUGCGCCAGCUGUUGGGGGGCCUCUCGGUGGCCAUCCGCACGGAGCAGGCCUCCCUGGCGUCCCUGUUUGCGUCCGUCAAGGAGUUGCUAGCUGCCACGGAGACGGCUGUGCGCUCAUUCCUUAUUUUACGCCACCGCUUUGCACGCACCGCAUUGCUUCCCGGGGGUGCGGCCCAGCAGCCAGCACUGGAAACGUUCUACAGCGGCAUCCCCUCCUUGCCGUCCCCCUACCUCUCCUCGGCCGUAUCCUCGUUUGAGGCGCGCCUGGCGGCAUAUCGUGCGCGGGUGGAGGAACUAGAGCGGCUGCAGCAGCCUGCCGCGCAGGGCCGCGACCAGCUGGAGCACGCGCUGCCUGCCGUGCUGCACAACGUGCACACCUUCUUUCUGCACGUUGCCGCGCAGGUGGAGUCGUUGCACGCCCACAUCAGCGCUGCCCGCGGCGCCCACCUGGCGGAGUUGCGGCGGCGCGGGGACGAGCGGGAUCCGUUCCUGGAGGCGGACCGCCGCGAAGAGGCCACGCGGCAGACCGAAGAGAACCGCAGGAAAGCAGCGCAGGCGGCACUCCUGGCCGCACAACCGCAGCAGCCGGCAGCGGCGACGGCGGGGCUGCAACAAGCACAAGCAGCAGCGCAGCAGCCGGCUGCGGCGGCCCCAUCCACUGGCCUGUCUCUCUUCUCCACCCCUGCCACGUCAGCAGCGGCUCCCUCGUUCUUCGCCCCUACCGCUGCCGCGACCUCAUCUUUGUUCGGCACACCGGCCCCAUCACAAGCGGCCUCGGGGGGGAGCUUGUUCGGUGGGCUCGCAACCGGGGGGCCCUCUGCAGCUAGCACCACGGCCCCCUCGUUUGGGACGGGGGGCUUGUUUGGUGCGCCCACCCAGACCCCCGGGCCGUCGGCUGCUGCCAGCCCUAGCAUCUUCGGCGCCCCUUCGUCGACUCCGGCCUUUGGCGCCCCCGCGGCCGCCGCCGCCCCCGCCACCCCGGCCUUCGGGGGAGCCUUUGGCGCCGCCACUCCGACAACUCCGGCCACAGCCCCUGCCCCGGCCUUCGGCGCACCUGCUUCUGGAGCCGCUCCUGCGUGGAGUCUGCAGGCGCCCCCAACCACGGCAACGCGGCCAAAGCCUCGCGCGGCUAGACGAAAGUAAUCAACUCCUUAUGGUCCAACACGAAAGUGCAGCAGCUUGACGUCCAGAUACGUCUUCUGUUACCUGGACAUUCUGACUCUGCAUUCGUCUCCACCUGAAUGGUACUGACUUUCGUCGGCUGAAGUCCGGAGAACAAGCCGACCAAACGCAAGGACGGGCAUGUGUUGCUUGAGGCGUCUGGUAUUGACCCGUCACGUUCGCAAGGUUGCUCGGUCGGGCCACUGUUUGUGCAGACAUGCUGACUAGCAGUAUCCCGCUUCAAUGUUCGAAGCAGCCUGCCGAAAGCUUAUCGCAGGUGUUCAAAUUGAGCGAUCCCAUAUAGGGGACACACCGUCCGCACUGGUGCAUCACUUGCCAC